UCGCACCUCAGAGAGCCACAGCGUCGUUCAGCCCAUUAAAGACGGCAGACAGUGUGAUUUGCACGCUGAGCUGUUUGCAUGUCACCAGUCACACCUCGGUGUGUGGAUCUGUUCACGCGCGUGCACCGCACAGCAGCAGCCGCCAGCCUCGCGCAUCUGUCCGUCCGAACAGACAGACAGAGCUGGCGAUGAUGGCGGACUGCGUUGGCUUUCAAGCGCAAAUCGCCUCGAUUAUAGAGAUACUGGCCAAUUCGGCGGUGGCGGAGAUCUGCAAACUGGUGGACGAUGGCUACGCGGCGCUGCGCUCCCAGAUGGACCAGGAGCGGGAGAAGAGCGAGAAGGAGAACGAUGCCCUGCGGCAGAAACUGCGAGAAAUGGACGUGAAGAUGCGGAGCUACGAGAGGAAGAUGAGGAGACGGAUUCAGCGGGAGGAACUGCACACCGUUCAUUUUAGGCCGCCCGAAGGAUCUGACGACCAUCAGCCUCUGGUGUUGCCUCUCCAUGCUGCCUCUGAAGACAAACCCUUGCAUCGCAUUUCAAAGCUGCUUUUCACUGUAUCACAGCAGGAGGAAACCAAGGUGUUGCCACUGGUGAAGCAGGAGAAAGUGGAGAAAGAUGACUGCAACCUGGACCUAAAGGUAGAGGUCAACAUCAGGGCAGAGUGUGGCCUGUCUGCUGCCCUGGAGCCCAGUGAGGAACCCCCCUCCUGUGAUAUUGUUCUUGACACUGGUGUCACCACCUCCUCCACCCCCCAGCCCUCCUCCUCCCCAACUGACGCCUCAAUGGACCUGACCUGCAGGCCUCGAGCGAAACGUAAAGCCACCAAGCCUCUGGUUAACAGUUUGACAGUCGGCAGUGGGGGGGUCCCAGCCCCUGAGGCUGCUCGCAGUGACCUUGGAAGGAGCCUUAGAGACGGUGCUCUAAAACCAGAGAUCCAGACAGAUGAUACUACAGAAGAUGAACUUCAUUCCUCUCAGCUGUCAGCCCCUGUAGCCUCAGAUGAGCCCAGCCCUGAUCGCCUCAACAGCCUGGAUCUGGCUUGGAUGCAGGAGAGGGUCAGCCAUCUUGGUGCAGCGUAUGCAGUAGCACAACUGGGUAUAGGGAACUCAGAAACUGGCCACCCCUCUGCCUCCUUCGCCUCGCAGGGAGGAGGAGACAGUCUAGAUGGCCCCCCAACCAUGCUCUUUACAAGUGGCGCUCAUGAAAUGGCUGCUUUUGCUGCCUCUUUCGACAUGGCCGCAGCCGCCGCCGCUGCUGUUGUUGCUGCACCACCUCUUCCACCUGCUCCUCCUACAGCUACAUCUGCCACCACUACCAGCCAGAGGCGGCCUUACAGGAGCGGCGCUGCUGCUGCUGCUGCUAAAGAACCUGUGGUGUGUGCUGUGUGCGGGCGUGUCUUUCCCAGUGCAGCCGCCCUGGAGCUGCACCAACGGGUACACACAGGGGAGAGACCCUACACCUGCCCCCACUGUGGAAAGGGCUUUGCCCAGCCCAACAACCUGCGGGUCCACCUCCUCAUCCACACCGGGGAGAGGCGUUAUCGAUGUACGCUGUGCGGGAAGAGUUUCAUCUCGUCCAGCCACCUGAAGAGGCACCGCACAGUCCACACGCAGGAGAAGCCCUACAGCUGCUCACGCUGUGGACAGUCCUUCAGCCAAAUGUGUAGCGUUCGCAGACACCGUCAGCAGUCCCAGUGUGGCCUGUAGGCUGACUGCUGGAUGAGGUGGAACCUGGCAUCUGGAGGUAAUCCUUGUGUAGUUUGGACUCUGAAGGGUGAAUGAUUGAAAUCUCUUCAUAUGGGAAUUCUAGCAUCUAAUGUAAGCACGAACAAAUUAGAAGCAAGGCUGUAUCCUGGCACACAGUUGCUAUUUGUUCUAGAUCAAAGCAGUAAUAUGGGAUUUUUGUUUUUAGGUUGAUUUCCACUAAAGUCCCAUCAACCUUUUCUUACUCCUUGCUUCAAACUGAGAGAGGAUCCCAGAGUGGACUGUAAAAGACUGCCGGAGACGGUGUUGAUGACACUUAAUCCAUCUAUUUGUUAUCAAAUGAUCUUGUUUGUGACCGACUAUCUGGUUUCUAUAGCUAACAGACAUGAUCCAGUGGGAGAGGGUCAUGGCACAGCCAUAAUCAGUGUACCUGGACUGUCCAUUGACCAUCCUGUGAAAUAGAAUGAACAGAACCAUAUUUUGUGCACCCAACAGCUCUCUAGUAUUAGUAUUAAAUAAUAACUUCUGUGACUUCUAAAACCAGAUUCACAUUUUCAGACACUGUUUGUUUUAGGACUGCUGGCACUACAAGAUUUAAUUUCUCACUCAGCAAAGUGUCGAUAUGAAAAGAUAGCAUGUUGCCUCAGUAGAGUUCCCUGGAAGCAGGGGGAACCUGCUAGCUUAGUUAGCCUAGCUAAGUAAAAAGGGAAACCGCUACACAUUCCAACAACUCCAAAACUGUCUUACUAAAAUGUUUUAUGUAGUCAACAUACUUUAUGUAGUAAUGAAAAAGUAGAAGCAGGUUUCUGAGAUGAACAGUGACAAAGUCCUGUUAGGAAAGUCGUGCAACUUGGCAGCCAUCUUGGCAACGCCUCCGGGCAGCUAUUUCGGACUAACAAGACCAGGCUCCUAUCUGAAUGAAUUGGGAGAGAGCCAGAACUGCAGUUUUACUGGUCACUGGGACAUAAAAACUACAUGAACAGAUUUUAACAGUUUCCCGCUUUGUGCUGUUAAAAGCAGACGACUGGCUUUCUAGCGGGAGGGGCGUGAUAACCGCUAUCUUUGCCGUUACGGGCUUUCCCCAUAGAGUUGUAUUGAGGAUGUGAUUGAGUGGCAUGUCUCCUCUAAAUUGUCUCUGACAGUGAAACACUGCAUUUUAAAGUGCAAUCUUCAUAAUACGGUUGACAUUCUUAAUCACCGUCUUUACUGCCAAUGAACCCAACCUUGAAAUGUCAGUGUUUCCCAUACAUGGAUUUAUUUGUGGCGGCCUGCCACAAUAUCAAUACUGACCGCCCCAUAUUGGAUUUUUUUUUUUUACUAUUUAAAAUGGGUAAACUCAUACUUCACACUAGAGCUGCGCGCAGUGCAGAUAUUCGCUCAGCAACCCCUCUCUCUCUCUAACACCGUAGCCACUUUCAUAGAGAUCCCAUAAAUACAGAAAAAAACCCUGCCAUUAUGCCACAUUUGUUCAUUCAUAUGUCUGCGGUAUAAUCCUGCAGCCAUGUGUGCUUUCCCAUGGUGAUCCGGCUUUCUGAAGCCAGCAUUCAACACUUGUGUAAUCCAACCAGGCAGUCUGAAAGCAAACAUAUAGAGCUGAGGUGGGCCGAAUAUAGCUUGACUGCUGAACCCCCUAGUGGCUAGCCACCUGAGAGGGCACACACCCGUCACUCAAAGCGGCCCGCCCUUAAUUAAGCAUAACUUUAAGCCUUGAUAUAAUUUAGAGGGUUGAGAUAUAUACAGUGCAUCUGGAAAGUAUUCACAGUGCUUGACUUUUUCCACAUUUUAUGUUACAGCCUUAUUCCAAAAUGGACAAAUUUCCUUCAAAAUUCUACAAACAAUACCCCAUAAUGAUAACAUGAAAGAAGUUUGUUCGAAAUCUCUGCAAAUUAAAAAUAAAACGAAAAAAAGCGGAUGUACAUAAGUAUUCACAGACUUUGUUGAAGUACCUUUGUCACCAAUUACAGCCUCAAGUCUUUUUGAGAAUAAUGCUACAAGCUUGGCACACCUAUUUUUUGGGCAGUUUCUCCCAUUCUUCUUUGCAGGACGUCUCAAGCUCUAUCAGGUUGGAUGGGGAGUGUCUGUGCACAGCGAUUUUCACAUCUCUCCAGAGAUGUUUAAUUGCGUUGAAGUCUGGGCUCUGGCUGGGCCCCUCAAGGACAAUCACAGACUUGUCCUGUAGCCACUCUUUUGUUAUCUUGGAUUUGUGCUUAGGGUCAUUGUCCUGUUGGAAGAUGAACCUUCGCCCCAGUCUGCUCUGGAGGUCCAGAGCACUCUGGAGCAGGUUUUCAUCAAGGAUGUCUCUGUACAUUGCUGCAUUCAUCUUUCCGUCAUCUUGAUCUGACAAGUUAUGUAUCGUAUUGACCAGGUGAUGAGCGGCGCCUGGUUUCCUCCAGACAUGACGCUUACCAUUCAGGCCAAAGAGUCAAUUAAUCUUCAAUCUUUGUUUCAUCAGACCAGAGAAUUUUGUUUCUCAUUAUCUGAGAGCAAACUCCAGACGGACUGUCAUGUGCCUUUUACUGAGUGAGGAGUGACUUCCGUCUGGCCACUUUACCAUACAGGCCUGAUUGGUGGAGUGCUGCAGAGAUGGUUCUCCUCUCUACACAGAGCUCUGUCAGAGUGUUCUUGGUCACCUCCCUGACUAAGGCCAUGCUACCCCGAUCUCUGUUUGGCCAGGCGCCCAGCUCUAGGAAGGGUCCUGGUUAGGGAUCAAAACCCGAAAAGGUGUGAGCUUAUCGAUACUGCUAUCGAUACUGCUAUCGAGACUAGCGGGUCCUACAACGUAACGUUAUGUCUCGAGAGUCAAAUCUGAUUUAACUUGGCUGGGCGGUAUAUCGGUAUAAUGAGGUAUACAGAUAUAAUUUCAAAAGAGCGUUUAUACCGAUAUAGUUUAAUGUUGAGUUAAUUAUGUUUCCGUAACAUCUUGCCAGCAUUUGCUCAUCUUUCAGUCCAUACACAUACACUUUACUUCAGCAGGUCCCGCAGGUAUAUUAAUGACCACCCAGGUGUAUUUGGCGACACAUUGUAGCAUUUUUCAGAGAAACAGAGUUAUUACGUUAUAAGUCGUGGCCGACACAAUGUACCAUAAAAUUUUAAUUAAUUGCUGAGUCGCCUAGCCCGUUUCCUGGCCUGGUGUGGGAACACAUUUUGACAAAUAAACGCAGGUCCCCAUUAAACGCCUGGUCUGGCUUUUAUAGAAGUUCUUUGGAUGUAUAAAACCUCUUAAACCCCGUGUGGUCACCCGCUUUAGCUGCUUAAAUCGUUAAUACAAAUUUUAAUGUUUAAAGGUAUUAUCAAUAGCUUAUUUCAUUAUGAACAUCGUUACAUCGGUUAGAUUCUGCACAAUUCAACAGUUAAUUUAACGGAAACAAGUCCCAAAGUCUAAUUCUUAUAGAUUUACCUGUGUAACCAGCAUGGUACAAGAGAUUUACAAAAAGAACUCCCGUUACCUAUGAAGCACUCGUUAAGUCCAAAUGUGUCCGUUCCUUGAUUAUUAUCUUCCUUUAGUCUGGAAGGGUCCACCCAUCAAAAGAAUCAAAACAGCUUUUCAUAAAAAUUAAUCUAAGUUGUGAAUCUUGUCAUGUGAAG